AUGACGACGACCCUAGUGGCCCUGCCAUGGAAGGUGACGCCCUCAAGGGCCCUGCCAGGGACAAUGACGCCCCCAGAGACAGCAGCGCCUCCAGGGUCUCUCCCAGGGGUCCUGCCAGUGGCGGUGACGCCCUCAAGGGCCAUGCCACGGGCGAUGGCGCCUCUAGGGACCCUGUCAAGGGUGGUCAUGCCCUCAGGGGCCCUGCCAGAGACGCUGGCACCCCCAGGGGCUCCCCAGGGACGGCCGCACCCCCAAGUGCUCUCCCAGGUACAACGGCGCCCCCAGGGGCCGGCUAUGGAAGGUGGCGUCCGCAGGGACCCUCCCAAGGACGGCAACGUCCCCAGCGGUCCUACCAGGGAUGUUGACAUUCUCAGAGGGCUCUCCCAGAGGCCCUGCCAAGGGGCGCUGGCGCCCGCAGACUCACCCAGGGACGGCAGCGCCCCCAGGCGGAGGGACCCCCAGAGGCCCUGUCAGGGCAGUGGCGUCUCCAGGAAUCCUUCCAGGGGCGGUGGCGCCCCCAGGGUCUCUCCCAGGGGUGCUGGCGCCACCAGGGGCUCUCCCAGAGACAUCUUCGCCCCCAAAGGCCCUACAAGGGACGGCGGCACCACCAGGUACCCUGUCAGAGGCGGUGGCGCCCUCAGGGGCCCUGCCAGGGAACCUGCUAGGGGAGGUGGCGCCCCCAGGGCUCCUGCAGAGGGCGGUGGGUCUUCCAGAGGACCUGUCAGGGUGGUGGCGCCCACAGGGACCCUGGCAAGGGCGGUGGGUCCGCCAUCUAACUACUACUAG